UACCCGGGCGCGCGCGGGGCAGCACGGACGCGAGUCGGGCCGAGGGUGACGGGAGGUCGCCGAGCCUCCCGCGCCGCCGCCCCUUGCCUGACGCACAGAGGGGCCGGGACGCGAUUUGCCGCGAGUGACUGGAGCCGCUGCUGCCGCCCGGGCCCGCUCCGCCCUCAGUCCGCCUUCCUCCCGCCUCGCCCUCCGCCUCCGCUCGAGCCUUGCUCGCGUUCCCGCGUCCUCCCCACAGCCCCGGAACGUCGGGCAGCCAGCGCCAGCGCCAGCGCCAGCGCCAGCCAGACAUCACCCAAGAAGUUGGAAGCGCCGUUGAGGGAGUAGCUCGAUACAGCUGUUUGACAGAAAGGAAAAUUUACUGAAGGAAGUUUACUGGAGUAAAAUGGAGGCCUCAGUAAUAUUACCCAUUCUGAAGAAAAAACUAGCCUUCCUUUCAGGAGGAAAGGACAGACGAAGUGGCCUCAUUCUGACAAUUCCAUUAUGCCUGGAACAGACAAAUAUGGAUGAGCUGAGUGUCACCUUAGACUACCUACUCAGCAUUCCAAGUGAUAAAUGUAAGGCUAGAGGAUUUACCGUGAUUGUGGAUGGCAGAAAAUCCCAGUGGAAUGUGGUGAAAACAGUAGUCUUAAUGCUACAGAAUGUUGUUCCAGCUGAAGUGUCCCUUGUUUGUGUAGUGAAGCCAGAUGAAUUCUGGGAUAAGAAAGUAACACAUUUUUGUUUUUGGAAGGAAAAGGAUAGACUUGGCUUUGAGGUUAUUUUAGUGUCUGCUAAUAAAUUGACUCGUUAUAUAGAACCAUGCCAGUUAACAGAAGAUUUUGGUGGGAGUCUCACUUACGAUCAUAUGGACUGGUUAAAUAAGAGGCUGGUUUUUGAGAAGUUUACAAAGGAAUCUACAUCAUUAUUAGAUGAACUUGCUUUGAUUAACAAUGGAAGUGAUAAAGGAAAUCAGCAAGAGAAAGAAAGGUCUGUGGAUUUAAACUUUCUUCCAUCAGUUGAUCCUGAAACUGUUCUUCAGACAGGACAUGAAUUGUUAUCCGAAUUACAGCAGCGUCGAUUUAAUGGCUCAGAUGGAGGGGUCUCGUGGUCUCCUAUGGAUGAUGAACUGCUAGCACAGCCACAGGUUAUGAAAUUAUUAGAUUCACUGCGAGAGCAAUAUACCCGCUACCAGGAAGUUUGUAGGCAACGUAGUAAGCGUACACAGUUAGAAGAGAUUCAACAGAAGGUGAUGCAAGUUGUGAACUGGCUUGAAGGGCCUGGAUCAGAACAGCUGAGAGCCCAGUGGGGGAUUGGAGACUCCAUUCGGGCUUCCCAAGCCCUACAGCAGAAGCAUGAAGAGAUCGAGAGCCAGCACAGUGAAUGGUUUGCAGUUUAUGUGGAACUUAAUCAGCAAAUUGCAGCACUCUUAAAUGCUGGGGAUGAGGAAGAUCUUGUGGAACUGAAGUCGCUGCAGCAACAACUUAGUGAUGUUUGUUAUCGACAGGCCAGUCAGCUGGAAUUUAGGCAGAAUCUCUUACAAGCAGCUCUUGAAUUUCAUGGUGUUGCCCAAGAUUUGUCUCAGCAGUUGGAUGGCUUAUUAGGGAUGUUGUGCGUAGAUGUAGCACCAGCUGAUGGAGCAUCGAUUCAGCAAACUUUAAAACUGCUUGAAGAGAAGCUGAAAAGUGUUGAUGUAGGAUUGCAAGGUUUGCGUGAAAAAGGUCAAGGUCUUCUGGAUCAGAUCUCCAAUCAGGCAUCCUGGGCCUAUGGAAAGGAUGUAACCAUUGAAAAUAAAGAAAAUGUGGACCACAUACAAGGAGUGAUGGAAGAUAUGCAGCUUAGGAAACAAAGAUGUGAAGACAUGGUAGAUGUGCGAAGAUUAAAGAUGCUUCAGAUGGUGCAGUUGUUUAAAUGUGAAGAAGAUGCUGCCCAGGCAGUAGAAUGGCUAAGUGAACUUCUGGAUGCUCUUCUUAAGACCCACAUCAGAUUGGGUGAUGAUGCUCAGGAAACGAAAGUUCUACUGGAGAAGCAUAGAAAAUUUGUUGAUGUUGCACAGAGCACUUAUGACUAUGGAAGACAGUUGCUACAGGCCACAGUUGUGCUGUGCCAGUCUUUGCGCUGCACCUCUCGGUCAUCUGGGGAUACACUUCCUCGACUGAACAGAGUAUGGAAACAAUUUACAAUAGCAUCUGAAGAGAGGGUACAUAGGCUGGAAAUGGCUAUUGCAUUUCACUCAAAUGCUGAAAAGAUUUUGCAAGACUGUCCAGAAGAGCCUGAAUCUAUUAAUGAUGAGGAGCAAUUUGAUGAAGUUGAAGCAGUUGGGAAAUCACUUUUAGAUAGACUAACUGUUCCUGUGGUUUAUCCUGAUGGAACUGAACAAUAUUUUGGGAGUCCAAGUGACAUGGCUUCUACUGCAGAACACAUCAGAGACAGGAUGAAACUAGUUAGUCUCAAAAGGCAGCAGCUGAGACAUCCCGAAAUGAUGACUACAGAGAGCUAAUAGCUGCCUUCUUCCCGGAGAUCUGCAGUUCAUAAUCCCGCAUGUCGUUGGCAUACUGCAGCAUCAGCUACACUAUGUUAAGAUGCAUUUCACAGCCAGGAUAAGCCUCAUUUCUUUCUAUUACACACUUCUCUCCACGUGUUAACAUCUUGUAACUACCAAGGCAGAAUUAUUUAACAUGCUUUGAGACCAUAGACUCCAAGUAUCUUAAAAGAAGGAACUGUAAACAUUGCACUGAAAACUUGCUUUAAAGCUUUACCUGACCUGUCAGUUUGUAGAUGAAUAACUGAUAAUAAGCUUUGAAUGGUGCUAAUAAGAGUUUAGAAAUUCUCUCUAUAAAAAAUGGUUGCCCUUCCUCCCCAAGUGAUGUAGUAAAUUUAGACUAUAGUUAAACUGUUAUUAGUAGAUAGUGGUGUCCUCAAAAUUUUACUUUGUAAUUCUCCUUCAAAAUUGAUUAUUUUUAUUGUGUCAGUAUGAAGAAAACCUUCAGAAUUUUGAUAUAUCAUAUUCAUUAAAAAACAUUUUCCUAUUUGUAUUGAUAAUGUAUAAAAGUUGUUUGUGCUUAAUAAAAGGCUUCUUUUAAACAUCUUAUUUAAUUUGGUGGUUAUAUCUAUUUCCAAACAUGAGUGCCUUAUUUAAAAGGGCAUUCUUAGCAUUGUGAGGAUGGUUUAGUAUUUGUCUUUUUCAUGUUGGUUGCAUGUAUUUUAGCCAGGAUAUUUAUAUGUAAGCAUGUGUAUAUAAUAAAUAAGCAUGUUUUAUCAUGAAAAAUUAUUGUGAAGAACAAUUUAGAUCUUUAAGAACUUAUGAAUAAUGGAAUACUAUUUCUCAUUUUUCUCUUCUUCAACUUGAAAAAUGUUAUCCAAAUUAUUAACUACCCUGAAGAUAUUUUGUUUCUGGGGGAGGAGGGCUGGGAAAGAAGGCCUACAUAGUUACUUAAGUGUAAUCCUUUAUAUCAGAGUAAUCUUUCAGGAACUAAAAUAGCAAUUGUUAAUAAAAUUUUAUUUCUCAAGAUAGACUAGAAGCAAGAUUCUGAAGUAGUAUGAUAACAAAAAUUGUACAACU